AUGGCUUCAUUUAAGAGCAAGCUUCAGUUACCAGAGGAUAUCACUUUGGACCACUCGGAGGCUCGCGCACAGCUGCGACUGGGUCUAUUUUCUUAUCCUGUGCUUCAAGCGGCCGAUAUUUUAGUUCACAGAGCAACCCAUGUGCCCGUCGGAGAAGAUCAACGGCAGCAUCUUGAAUUCUCUCGAUAUACUGCCAAUAGCUUCAACCAUCUUUAUGGACCACUUUUCCCCAUUCCAGAAGCCCUCAUCUCUCCUGCAAAGAGGGUGAUGUCUCUCAAGGAACCAACCUCGAAGAUGUCCAAGUCUCAUGUCGAUGAAAAAUCUAGAAUUCUUCUCACUGACUCACCGCAGGAAAUUCAAAAAAAGGUCAAGGUGGCUCUGACCGACUCUGAGCCUAUGAUUACCUAUGAUCCGGUGCACCGACCUGGCGUUUCAAACCUGAUCGAGAUUGUCAGUCAUUUUGAUGAGGUCCCCUGCGAGGAUAUCGCUCUUGAAUACCAGUCUGCCAGUCUGCGGGCUCUGAAAGCGCAUGUAGCUCAUCGGAUCACGCACCACCUUCAAGGAAUUCGAGAACGGUAUCUCUCGAUUAUGGAGGACCAGACCGGACGCUUGGAGUCCGUUGCUCAGCAGGGAGCCGAAGCGGCCCAAGUCAAUGCCGCCGUGACAAUGCGGCGGGUCCGGGAAGUGAUGGGGUUGUAG